UGCGCAGAGAUCACAGAGAGGCGCUCCUCCAAACACGCGCCUCAGACAGACUUGUUCCUGUGCUACAUGGCCUCCACCGCCCGCAGCGCGCCUCUGACGGACGCACUUGUUGAGAAGCCGCCGUUUCAGGAGAUCCUGCGGAGCAGCCGCAGCUUGACGCAAAAGAUCCUGGAGUCCGUGGAGGACACGCACAAAUCCUGCGUUCAUUUACAGAGUCUGCAGUGGAAAGUUCCAGAAAAUGCUAAACUUGCUACCAUGAGGUCCACAAUCGGCAUCCCAUCAGCUCCUGUCAUCAAACCGAUUUCAGCCAAUUUCUCACUGGAAACAGCUCUGAGAGCGAUGCAUGACGGCCUGGAGCUGCACCAUGGCUUACUGCGCUCCAUCUCUCCUCGACUGGAAGUGAAAGAUAGAAUGAAUGCUUUACAAUACGACGUCAGGGACCUAAAAAUCGAGAUCUUUAGGAUGCUAAAAAUCAAAACCACAGAAGCCACAGUCCCGCCCGCGCCGACCAGCGUGGAGCUGCACCUUCCAGGGGAUUAUGAGGUGCAGGUGGCAGCGCACCUCACCCUGGUUCAGCUGCAGGUGUUCAGCCAGGAUGUGGCGCGUUGCCUCAGGAGUUUGGACCGCAGCGACCAGGAGGAGACCGACAGCUGACCUGCUGGUGUCAGACUCUUCUUUAUUUUAGUAUUUAUUGAAGCACUAAAGAUUAUUUAUUUGUUAAUUUUUUUAUUUAUGUAUUUAUAUUUAAAUUAUAGCAUUUAUUUAUUUAGGGAUUAUACA